AUGCUGCGCUGGCUGCGGGCUUUCGUGCUGCCCACCGUGGCCUGCCAGGACGCGGAGCCGCCCACGCGCUACGAGACGCUCUUCCGGGCGCUGGACCGCAAUGGGGACGGCGUGGUGGACAUCGGAGAGCUGCAGCAGGGGCUGCAAAGCCUGGGUAUCCCGCUGGGCCAGGACGCCGAGGAGAAAAUUUUCACCACUGGCGAUGUCAACAAAGAUGGGAAGCUGGAUUUUGAAGAAUUUAUGAAAUACCUGAAAGACCAUGAGAAGAAAAUGAAACUAGCAUUUAAAAGUUUGGACAAGAAUAACGAUGGGAAAAUCGAGCCUUCUGAAAUUGUCCAGUCUCUCCAGAUGCUCGGUUUACAUAUUUCCGAAAAGCAAGCAGAGUUGAUUCUUCAAAGCAUCGACUCUGACGGGACGAUGACCGUGGACUGGAAUGAAUGGAGGGAUUAUUUUUUAUUUAACCCUGUGACAGACAUUGAGGAAAUUAUCCGUUUCUGGAAACACUCUACUGGUAUUGACAUAGGGGAUAGUUUAACUAUUCCGGAUGAAUUCACAGAAGAUGAGAAAAAAUCAGGACAGUGGUGGAGGCAGCUCCUGGCAGGCGGCGUGGCGGGUGCAGUCUCUAGAACGAGCACCGCUCCUUUGGAUCGCCUCAAGGUCAUGAUGCAGGUUCAUGGUUCCAAAUCAAUGAAUAUAUUUGGAGGCUUUCGGCAGAUGGUAAAGGAAGGAGGAAUCCGUUCCCUUUGGAGAGGAAAUGGCACCAAUGUCAUUAAGAUAGCUCCCGAGACAGCUGUGAAGUUUUGGGCUUAUGAACAGUAUAAGAAGUUGCUUACCGAGGAAGGACAAAAAUUAGGCACCUUCGAGAGGUUUAUCUCUGGUUCCAUGGCUGGAGCAACUGCACAGACUUUUAUUUAUCCCAUGGAGGUUUUGAAAACCCGGCUAGCUGUAGCCAAAACUGGACAAUACUCUGGAAUAUACGGUUGUGCCAAGAAGAUUUUGAAACAUGAAGGCUUUGGAGCAUUUUACAAAGGCUACGUUCCCAAUUUACUAGGCAUUAUUCCCUACGCAGGCAUUGAUCUCGCUGUGUAUGAGGUGAGUGAGGGGACAGCCACGCUUCAGUGUGCAGGCCUGGUUCUCCCCAUUUUUAUUUAUUUUGUUUGUCUGCUUGUCUGUUUGUUAGCCACGGUAGAAGGAGCCCCGCAGCUGAGCAUGGUUGGCCUUUUUCAGCGAAUAGUCUCCAAAGAAGGAGUGUCAGGACUUUACAGAGGCAUCACCCCGAACUUCAUGAAAGUGCUCCCUGCCGUGGGCAUCAGCUACGUGGUGUACGAAAAUAUGAAGCAAACGCUGGGUGUAGCUCAGAAGUGACCAGGCCAGGUCCCUGCUUUUCCCUGAUGACCGAGACUGUCAGUGUUCUCCAGUGACUUCUGGGAUUGCAGCAAAAGAAGCUGUUUUCUCUGCCAAAGGGAAGAGUGUAGCCAUGAUCUCUUUAAGCCUUUGGGAUCAGUUUUAUACCUUCAGUAACAUUCUGAAUCAUGUUUCAGUAAGUGACGAAACCACAAAAUUGUACUCUAUUUUUGCUGAUAGAGAUCUCUGCCUUGCACCCUAAAUCUGAAAAUGUACUGGCUUGAGCUAAAAUCAUUUUGUGUGGUAGGAUUAUAAAUCACUGACCCUUGUUCCGAUUUGUUCAAGCUCAUGUCAAUUUGUUUUUACCCAAUUUUUUUUUUUAAAAAUCCAAAAUGAUCAGAAAGCUUAAAUUGUUUUAUACGUAUUUUGGAUGUCUUUAUAGAUGUAAAAUUCCCCAACAGAGGCAUUAGUUAAGAAAAAAUCACUAUAUUUAAAGUCUACCUUGCACAGUUUAUCUCUUCAUCUGUAAGCAGAAUAGGAAUGAAUUAUAGAAGCCACAUUCAGUGGACAGGGGCCGUGUGGUAAUGGCACCCUCGUUUCCCUCUUACUGUCAAAGUCUUUGAGCCUGUGCUUCUCAAAUGGAGUGGCACAAAGUUAAGACACCAGCACAUUUUAAUAGUAGUAUGUAUUCAUCUUACCUGUUUUAAUCUGUAUACAUAUGGAUCUACAUAUCCACUUGCCUCAAGACUUAGGAAGAUGACAGAAAGUUUUUAAUGUGUAAAAUCAUUUCAAUUUUUUAAAAAGCUAAAGCUGAUUUUGUAGUCAGUUAUCUUUUAUGAUUUGUUUUAAAACUUAGAAAAAUCUUAUUUCUUCUAUAAGAAGAUGUCCGACAGUCUUAGCCUGGCAGUAUUGGCACAUGCCUUUAGUCCCAGCACUCAGGAGGCAGAGGUGGGCACAUUUGUGAGUUCGAGGCCAGCCUGGUCUACAGAGAUUUCCAGGGCAGCCAGGGCUACAUAGAGAAAUCCUGUCUCCAAAACAAAAACCAAACCAACCAAACAAAACAUAGUUUUAACAUUUUAAGAUUUAGUCUAUGUACUCAUUUGGUUUCUGGCAAUUUCUGUUAUAGUUGCUUUCUGAAAAGUCUAGUGGAAAUCUUUGCCUUUAACCUACCUACCUCUUUUAUUUUUUGAAUCAAAGAGAAAGAUGGCCUUGUGUUUAUGAAACUUAUUCUAAAACAUAGCUUGAUUUGUAUAACUGAUGCCUGCUAUUAUCUUGGUAUUUUUGUACUGUGUAAGGAAAGGAAGGGACUCCACUUCCUCUUCAGGGUUAUUGUACUUUUGAUUAAUACAUAGAAUGACAAUAUUAAGGUAUAUGAUUCAUACCAGUUUUAUACAUAACAAUUAUGGAAAUGCAUAUUUCUGUUAAUGUCUUUGGAAUUUUAAGUUGAUAAAAACUAUGAAAGUAGCUAUACUUCAUUAUGAAGUUAAAGUGCCCGGAGUGAACAUAUAUAAGGUAUGACUGAUUUAUCUGUACGUCUUGUAUCUUUUGGGGGAAAAACCCCUCCUAUUGAACACAGCUUAUUCUGAUAUUGCUACACAGUUACUGCUCAUUUGUAUUAAAGAUAUGUGUCUGUUUUUAAAAUGAA